AUGAGCAAGGAUGUCACUAACAUAGAGGAUCCUUGGACAGCCGUUUCGGACCCCAAGACUGGUGGGACAUACUACUGGAACAGGUUGACUAAUGAAACAACGAUGGUUGGCGAAGCGAAGCCUUUGGGCAUGUACCGCAAUGGACCUCCACAACAGUCGCAGGAGAGCUUCGGAGGCAUGCUGAUCAACUCGCUUGCCAUCGGUGCAGGCAUCACAGUCGCCUUCUCUUUCGUUAGAUUCUUUUUCUAG